AUGGGUUCAACGUCUACCCGGACCUACCCCAUCGUCAGUCACCUUACCCAGCGGACGAGUGACUACUACCACAACAACUCUACUUGUGAUGACUGCAAUCAAGUAGAGGGCCAGGCCAACUUUGCCACGGGCGUGCGCGGGCUCCUCCUGGUCCGCCAGAGCAGGAAGGGGCAAGUCAACUCGCUCGAGGCCACCUUCCCAUGCAACUCCACGAGCGCCUGGUGCAACUACACCAUGCCUUUCCGCAGCCGCGAGGUGCAGUACAGGGGUCAGACAACAGCGUUGCACUUCUUCUUCCUGGUACUCCUCCUCCUAGUCCUACUGCUACUUGGAGCAAGAGGAUGA